CACGCAGGCGUACAAUGUAGAAUUUUCGAGUAAUUUCCACGGGCGGUCGUCUGUACACAAAAGUCCCGCGGAAGACGCUACGGAACUUCAGUAUUUUGCCUGAAGAAGGCUUAUUUUUUUCGCCAGGUCCGAGCUCAACAGGCAGAGACAAUGUUUGGAGGCUCUAUGUUUGACGAAGAUCCGUUCUUCGCUGGGGCCCGGGAACACAUGCGUGCAAUGGACCAGAUGUUCUCUGGGUUCGGGAUGGGGAGGACUGCGUUCCACGAUCCCUUCCUGAGCAUCACGGACGGACACGGGACCAGGGGCCAGCGUCACCACGGUCAUGGCGUUGGCAGGGAGGUGGACAUGUACAGGGACAGGAGACCUGGAGAUUCCCACCGUACACGUGUGAGCGUCAGUUUGCUACGUGAUCCCUUCUUCCUCAGGCCAUUUUCUAUGAUGGACCAGAUGAUGUCCAACAUGCACAGCAUGAUGGGAAACAUGCACAGGAACUUUAACAUGCAGUCUCCACAGUUAGCAGGGAUGCCCACUCUUCAUCAACAAAUGGCCCACGGUGCCCAGAAUGACCCCAACUGUUACUCCUACUCUUCGUCCAACUUCUACUCCUACUCCAACACUGGGAAUGGUCCACCCAGGGUGUACCAGGCCAGCUCCUCAACACGCAAUGCACCCGGAGGGGUGAAAGAGACAAGAAGAACGGUGAGAGAUUCAGAGGCUGGUUUGCAGAAAAUGGCCAUUGGUCAUCAUCUGGGGGAACGAGCCCACAUUGUGGAGAGAUCCCGGGACAGACAUGGAGAGGAGGAGAAACAGGACUACAUCAAUAUGGAUGAAGCCGACAGAGACGCUUUCAACCAGGAGUGGCAGCAGCGGGCUAACGUGGGCGCGCCGCGGGUCGGUUACCAUGGAGACAGGGACCGGGCGGGGCGACGUCACCGUGACAGACAGCAGUACAGACGAGGCCGUCAGGAGGAGGAGGACCUCAUCCCUGCUAACGCCCUCCCUGCUCCAGGGGAUGACAGAGUGCGACCCCAGCCUGCUGCUGCCGAGGCGCGUGCACCACAAGCAGAGUACCACCCCCCAACUCCGCCCCGCCCCAAAGGACCAUCAGAUGGGGGGAGAAAGCGCGACGCUGGAAACACAGGAUACGAAAAGCCACGGAAGAAGUAAUCUCUUUGGAAGACGGAUACUUUGUGGUGUAAAUGCGAGCCCUGUCAUUGCUUGAAGUUUGUUUCAGUGUUGUACACAGAAACGGUUAUCAAGACUAUUUUCUUUUCAUGGUUAUUCAUUUCAUCUGAAAAUGUGGUCAAUAGAAAAAAAAAUUGAAGAUUCAACCAGAGCUUUGUACUUCAUAAGCCUACAUUACUUUGGAAGAAGGAUCAACAUGAUGAUAACUGUUAUAAUGAUAUCAUAUGAUGAUGAUGAAUCUUGAAUUACAAUGUCUUGCUUUCUGUGACAAUUCUCAAUGUUGUCUACUGUUGUAUGUGUGUACUUGGAGUUGGAGUAUUUGCUUCUCAAAUUCCUUCCAGGUUUAACUUAUUAUGAGAAAAGGGAAGUGUUUUUUUGUUGUUUUUGAUCUCUGAGAAGCCAUGAUGUUAGCAUGACUUUUGAAACAGUAGGAACCAGAAGAGAAGAAUUAUGAAAUGAUGCCACUUCAUGAACAGAAUGUUUGACUACCUUUGCCACUGUGUGGUCCUUUUCCCAGUCAAGUCUUGUACACUAGUGAUGGAUCUUGUAUGAACAGCAUAAGUGAAGAAAAAAAAAUCCUUGAAAGAAUAAAAGCACUCAGACCUUGUACAAGAUUGCCUUAAGGUUUGUAAGUUGUGCCUGUCAUAGUCUGUGACAGUCUUUUGGAAACAAAAUGACACAUUAUGUUGCUGGAUACCAUGUUUAUAAAAGAUGUAAAUCAUGUAUGCCACUAUUGCCAGGUUAAUAGUACAUGUGUUUAGAUAUAGUGAUACCCAUGUUGAAUCAUCGCAAAGUGUUGCUUACCGCAGGUCUUUUUUCUCAUAAAAUUAACCUGAGAACAUACCAUAAAACUUCCCGUUUUAUAUGUGAAUUGCCAUAUAGCUUUGCAUGGCUUUGCAAGGGGUGUACUGUGUUAUAUUUAUGUAUAAGGACUAUAGAAACUGAAUCAGUUAUGGCUCAACAGUUUUGAUUCUUUGAUUCAUGUAGUAUGGUAGUUAGUAGGAGUUUCAGCUUGUUGUACUAACAGUACAUGUACUUACUAUGGAAACAUUGUGUUUUAUUUAGUAGUUAUACCCAGUUAUUGUUGACUGCAGGUUUCACUAUUUUGUGUACAUUUUGACAUAGGCUGAUUAUUGCCAACAAAUAAGUUAUGCUGCAGUUCAGUUGUACAUGUAUCUACAGAGAAAAAGUUUCAAACAAAAAUGUUUUAAGUUAUAAGCUGGUGUUUGUGGCACUAUGUAGCACACAUGUUGUACUAUAUUGGUGAAUACGGAGAAAAUAAAGUGUCAGAAGAUAUG